AUGGCAGACACUCCAUCAACGAAGCGGAAGUUUCCGUCGGAGUGGUUUCAGGACAAGCUUGAGGCGAUACAAGAUGUGGAAAUGCCUGACAGUGCAAAAAAGGAUUUGGCAAGUGAAUUUUCCAAAUUUCCUGCUCACCAACUGGGCGAUUCCGAUCUCAACGACUUGGUUGGCCUUAUUCCAGCAGAAAUUUCACAUGCACGUAAGAUUGUAGCCAUGCACCUGAAACACCACAUUCGCAAAGAGCUGCAGGCUGAAGCAUCUGGUUCAACGACAGCAUUGCCGAAACCCACGGAGGCGGAGGUCGAACUGCCCGAGUUGGCGGCACUGGAGAUGAACAAACUUUUGGAUGUUUCAGGUUUCACGAAAUUGUUGGCAUCAAACACAGAGGCGACCCGACCCAUUUUCCUGCGCAAACAUUUGCUCGAUGUGCGCGAUGUGGCUGUGGAUGUUUUGUCCGCUCCGGUUCAAGAGGAUGCCAAGCGUUUGGUCUCCUUGGUGGGAUGUCCCGGAACUGGCAAGACGUGGUGCGGUUGGUUGGUUGCCCAUGCCUUACAGAACAAGGAAAAGAAGACACUGCAUGUCACCAUCAGAGGCAAGGAGGUGAUAGUGGUGUCCGAGUUCAAGAAGAAGAAGACGUAUGAAGUUGAUGAUUGGAAAUACAGCAUGUUGGGGCAAGUCCUGAACGAGAACCCGUGCGAUGUUUGCAUCAUUGAUGUGGGGGACAAGAACCCCACCGAAUCCAAUGACAUUUUUUGUGGCGUCCGCACCAUUUUGGAAAGCAGUGCUGACCCGAAGCCCUUCCCGAAUGUCAAGUUCAUGUGCUUGGUUUCUGGACACGCGCAGGAGAAUAUCAUAGGCAAAGACAGAAGCAUUGCUGCUCAGAAGCUUGUCUUGUGGAGUUGGUCCGAAGAUGAUUUUCAAUCUUAUUUUGAGGCAAGUCAGGGUAGUGCGAACCAGCUGAAAGAGCACACCUACAGGAUUUGCGGUGGUUCGGUUCGCUUGUGGUUCAAUCCCGCACUGGACGAGGCUAACAUUUCUGAUGACGUGAAGCAACUGGAAGAGCAAGAAAUGCAGAGAUUUCUGACACCAGAUCAUCGCCCCACCUCCAACACAAAUGGCCACCAGCACUCGCGACUGCUGGCUUUCUUCCGCAGUCCCAAGUCCAUGAAUGAGGGAAACGAUGACUUCACCAGUGGUGUUGGGUCUGCUUACAUCGUGCCACGCUCAGACUAUGUCAUUCGAAGCAUCAAGGCGCAUGAGAAGGGCAGUUUCUCUCAAUUCAAGAAGAUGUAUGAGAGGCUGUUGCCUCUGAACCCGGGCGCCGCAGGAACGCCGUUUGAGAUUCUCGUGCAUUACUUCUGGGAGGAGUGCAUCAACAAGAAGGACAACAUCCAGUUGAAGAUCACCGAUCAACACGGAUUGGAGAAGCGCACCAUCAUGGUGGACUGUUCCCUGUUGAAGCCCGUGGCUGAAUGUAAGCCUGUUGAGAGUUGGGACGACAAAGGCAAAGACGCUGUAGAUGCGAACCUGUUGGGGUAUUUUACUCCAAAAAACAAGAAGAAUUACCCCAGACUGGACAGCAUUUUGCGCUACAAGAGUGCUGAGCAGACAGAGGUUCUCGCAAUCCAGGUGAGCAUCGGGGCGACUCACCAGUAUGGAGACAAGCGCAAAAAUGCGCUGCUCGAAGCAGGAGGGAAGACAUCACUAGCAUUGUGGGAUCACCGCGACAAAGACAGGAAGUGUGUGUGGAAAAGCCACGAGUCCGAUGAUUGGGACUUGGUUUAUGUCCGCUGUAGAGAGUUCGAUGACAAGAUGAGGCAAAGUUGA